AUGGAUUCAUAUGUCCCGAGGAUAACCGUUCAAAGUGGCACUGAUCCACCAUGGUACACGAAACAAUUGAAGCACAUGAAAAAUGUCAGAAGAAAAGCAUACAAGCAAGCAAGGCAGACUAGCAAUUUCGACGAAUACAAUAAAAUCACGGAUUCGUUCAUCCAAUUACAAAGUCAGUUAUUUAAAUCGUACAUCAGCCGCAUACAAUCACAAAUCAAAUCAAAUCCAAAACACUUUUGGCGAUUUGUGAAUGAUCGAAGAAAACGGAGCGAUAUUCCAGCUAUCGUUGAGUAUAAUGAUGUGACAGCGAACACCGACACAUCGAAAGCGGAAUUAUUCGCUGAUUUUUUCGAAAAUCAGUAUACACGAAGCGACAUUAUCGACUUGGAUGAAUUGCUGGAUGAAUGCGGAGACGUAUCAUUUGACUUUGAAAUCACUGAAGCCGACGUGUUAAAUGCAUUGCAAUUCAUUGACGCGAACAAAGGAGCCGGUCCAGAUGGAAUAUCAACGAAAGUGUUGAAGAACUGCGCACACUCAUUGUCGAAACCGUUAACAGCGCUAUUUCGUAAAUCAUUGCAACAAGGAUGUGUUCCAGAUGCAUUGAAAAAGUCCAGAAUUGUGCCAAUUUACAAGGCUGGUAAAAAGAGCAAUGCAGUGAAUUACAGGCCAGUAGUGAUCAUACCAACAAUAGCCAAAUUAUUCGAAAUUGUUGUCUAUGACAAAAUCGACACAUUUAUUAAUGGCAAAUCAGCCACAAUCAACAUGGAUUCGUGA